AAAAUAUACAUUUAAAAUUAUACAAAAAUAUUAAAGGAAUUUGUGGUAUACGGUUGCCAGCAGAACAUACUUUUAAAGGGAAUAAAAAUAUGCAAGUCAAAUAAUCUUUUAUACACUCUACAGUCUACUAUAAUAUACUAAAUUGAAUUGAUUGAAACGGAGAUCAUGACAAAACGAAGAGAACGCCACAAGAUGUACGAGUAUAUCACAUACGACAACAAACUCUAAUCGAGGUAGACGACCACAGUGUAGUGACUAUAUCGUCUUGUACAAGAGGUUCUUGUAAUUAUUGUGCUUUCAAACUGUAUCACUCGAAUAAAUCGGUCGUGUUUUUUACACGAGUUGAUAAUAAAUUGCUGAAGAUAUAAAACACCAUUUACAAAGCAAUUUGCGUUAAUUAAACCGUUAUUCCUACUUGAUAAGUGAUAAACUAUAGUGCGCUAUAUAUACAUAUUUUUCUACAGUGAUCAAUUUAAUUAUAUUAUAUUAUUAUUUAAAAUGGAAAAAGUUAAUACAAUAUCUCAAAAAGUGGACGUUAAUAGUGAAUAUUCAGUUGAUUUGGAUCAAGCACUGUCAGUUGUUGGUUUUGGUUGGUACAACUUAAGAUACUGUUUAAUACUGGCACUAUUUUUAAUCUCCGCCAUCGUGGAACCGAAUGGUUACGCCUACCUGCUGCCAGCUGCCAAAUGUGAUUUAGAUAUGUCAGAUUCUCAGAGAGGAAUAAUCUCAUCAAUCCCAUAUCUAGGCGUUGUUAUAGCUUCAUUUCCGUGGGGCUACCUGGUUGACACGCGAGGCCGAAAAAAAAUGAUAAUUUACAGUUCUUUGGGAGUCGGCAGUUUCAGUGUUCUAUCAGCGUUUAUGCCUGAAAUUAUCAGUUUUACUAUAUGUAAAGCUCUCAGUGCGCUUUGCUUAGCGUGUCCAGCGGCAGUCCCUUACUCCUACAUCGGUGAAAUAUUGCCGCUAAAAUACAGAGAUAUCACGCUGUCUGUUACAAAUGCAUUACAGAUUAUGGGAUCCGGUUUUGUACCACUUUUAGCUUGGGGUAUCCUGCCUCUUGAUUUCAGAGUGGACUUUGGAGCGUACGAAUUUCGUUCUUGGAGACUAUUGUGCAUAGUUUACGCGUGUUUUUUCUUUUUAUGCACUUUCUUAUUGAGUUUCGGGCCUGAGAGUCCUAAGUAUCUGGUGGCUCAAGGAAAACACGACGAGGCCUUGAAAGUGUUGCAAAUGAUGUACGCGGGAAACAAAGGAAAAUCGCCUGAUGCGUUUCCAAUAAAAAGACUAAAAAUGCCCACCGAAAAACAACAUGAAGACAUCAGUUUUAUGAAAUCACUCAAAGUGCAAACAUUGCCUUUACUGAAACCGCCAUACUACAAAUGGUUAGCGCUUAAUGGAUUUCUGCUCUUCGGAUUAUUUGCAUCUCUAAACGGUCUAUACAUGUGGGUGCCAGAUGUAUUGAACCGUGUCUUCAGCGGGAGCGGUGGAAAUGAGAUGACCGCAUGUAAUAUUAUCUCUCAAGGUGUUGAUAAAGAUGUCGAUGAAGCUUACUGCGACGACACAAUUGAAACAAUAACGUUUAUAAUAAACUCAAUAUCGAGUACAAGUUGCGCUUUGAUAGCAGUGGUUAUUAGUCUCCUAGUUAAAUUAAUAGGAAAGAAAUUACUACUGAUAGCGGUAUACUUCACCAUUGGGACAUUCUGUAUACUGGUAAACCACGUCACCCAGCAGUUUGUAUUCGCCGGCCUUUUAUCAUCGCUGACUUUGACUGGGCUCGGUGUAGGACCCGUUAAUGCUUUUUCGGUACAAAUAUUCCCUACUCAUUUAAGAGGAAUGGCAGUCAGUCUAACAAUGAUGAUUGGACGAACCGGAUCAGUGAUUGGAACAAACGUCGCGGGUCUUAUGAUUAACGCGGCUUGUGAAGCGACAUUCUACACGUUUGGUGGAUUACUCAUAUUGUGUGGACUGCUAGCAUUUCUGUUACCAAGAUCGAAACCACCUGCAAAGUCUACGAAGACCUAUUCUGUUCGUCUAUGAAUUUUUAUUUAGGAACAAAAAUAGCACCGUUAUAUUGAUCAAUGCAAAUUUAAAGGUUUUAUAUGUUUUCUAAAGAGAAAAUAUAUAAGAACGAUAAACCUUUAAAAUAUAUUAUAUGGGCUGUAACACAAGGGGUAUAAAAGGUAGAAAUCCAGUGAUAGUACUCUAGAGGUACUAUAUCGUACUAGUAGUAAAAUUUUAGUUUCAGAAUUAGUAUAUUUAUUUCGUAUUAAAGAAAUGUUUAUAGCCAUACUGUGAUAUUAUGUGCUUAUUCGCACUGCAGAAAAUAAAGUAUACAUGAGUUUAAAAAUCACAAUUUGUAUAAAUUCUUAUUACAGAUAAUGGAAAAGGUACGUGUAUAAUCCACGAAUGCAAUAAAAUAAAUUAUGCUCAAAAUUGCUUGAUU